CUCCAGCCUGAAUUGCAGACAGAAUCCGAAAGGAGGAGGAAGAAGGGAAAUGUUGGCUCUAGGAUUCAAUAUUCAAUAUUUCUUAGAUUUAUUCGUUGCCGGCUUUUCCCUUAUGAUCGGAUUGGGCUUCUUCACUUUCAUUGCCGCCAUUCUCUGCUCUAUCGCUUUCUUGAAUUUGUUAGGUUUCCCUUUUGUUUAUGUUGGGAAGAAAUUGAUGAACAAUGAAGCAGAUCGUUAA